AUGUUGAGCCCCGUGGAGCUGUCGCUCGCGCCCUCCUGCGAAGACUGCCUGGACUGGUCUCCCGAUGGCGAGCUGGCCAUCGCAGCCGGAGACUCAGUUCAGAUCUUGACACCCAAGUUUGGCAAGUACGGCAAGCAAGAGAAUGGUUCAUCGUCGGGGUGGCAUAUCACUCGGUUCCGGACCAAUCUGUUCACCCACGAGGAAUGGCCGAGCUGUUGGCCGCAGAACCGCGAUAAUUUUUCUAUCGCGGCGGAGCAGUCCCCAAGUACCGUGCGCGCUCUCGCCUGGUCCCCACCGGGCCUGGCCCGAUUCCGCCGUAGCGUGCUGGCGGUACUGACGUCGAAUCUUGUCCUGAGCCUUUAUGAGCCACUCGGCCCAAGACGGCAGUGGACGAAGGUGGGUAUUGUGAAUCAUUCGCUCCGAAAUUAUUUUUCGCCCUCAGAAGAUCCAAACGGCCUCGCGCUUCGCAAGUGUCUCAUUCGCUCUUUUUCAUGGUGCACACCCCUUCAAAUGCCGGCAUCGGACACAGACUCAGUGCUGGACCCUGAAAGUCGCUGGGGGGUUCAGAUGCUGGCAGUGUCGAAUGACCAUAAUGACGUGAUUAUUCUGCGGGUGCACAGGUCUGCGCCCUCCAGCUCCUACAGCAUGGACCUAUUGGGCCUUCACUCCCCAGAGGCCCAGGGGUCUCAGUAUUCCACGUACUGUCCAGGAUCCAUCCUUGAAAAUGCUCUUCAAAUAAAACAGCGGGUUCUCUCCGUUACUUGUGGUCCAUGGAUUGCCUCACCGGACACGAACACGGACGACGCCUAUGUUGCCACUUCCCUAGUCGUUGUGGUGUAUGGGUCGCAGCUACGAAUGAUAAAGGUUAUUGCGGCCCUCAAAGCCUCGGAUACAGAAGAACCACCGAUUUACAAUGUGGCAGUAGACGUGACAGCUCACCCGUUGUCGUCGCUGACCCAACAAUGGCAUGAGCAUCAUUUUACGGGCCUGCUCCACUGGGUUCCAAUGAAAUCGGAUUUUGCUCUCGUUGCAAGUGUCAAUGCUGGAUACUUCACAAUUCACAUACCUCAUUCCGUGUAUGGCGGCGAUGAGAAAAAGCUCAAUCAGACAAAGGUCCGUGACCACCCCCUUUACGAGUCGACAACCUCCGAGGGAGUUGAAACACAAUCAAGACACCUGGAGUCUAUUUCUGCCAUGACCAGCUUGUCGAACGAGCGAACCCACACCUCCACUCUUCAUCUUGGAACCCUUGGCGGGCUUUGUUGCAAAACAACCCUUGAGAAAUCCAACAAAAAGGAAUCGGCGCAGUUUCCGCAAUGGAGCAAGACCAUUGAAGACCUGCGGGAACGAUUUGAUUUGAAUCACGACCUUAGUGGUUGGUCCGUGGCAAGGAUCUGGGGAUUGACAUCACGUCGAGAUGUCAUCGCAGCCUUAUUUACGCGACAUGGGACGGACAUGGUAGAAUAUAAAGUCUCGGCAGAUGACCGAGCAAUGCUCAUCUUCUCUACAGAGGACGAGGAGCACGAGGAAGACUCCCAGAAGCUCUUCGCACCAACCAUUACGCAACAAGAAACAGUGUCCGCUCGUGAGAAACGUGAAGUCGCUACCCAAUUCGUGCUGAAGAACUACGAUGAUGACCAUCCACACGGCCAACGACUCGUUUAUGCCGCCGCAUGUUCUGCAAUUAUAGAACAACAGAGCGACCCAACCCGAUCUCAGGCACGGCAGGCUUUGGAGCUUUUGGCGCGGGUAACUGGGGCAGACCUGAGCGAUGAAAUUUCCAAGUCCACCGGCCCCGGCGCACAAAUCAUCCCCGCCAAGUCAGCCGAUCAGCUCGACGGGCCGGGUGCACAUUUGUUUGAGAGAUGCGAGGUGUGCGAUGCAGGAGUAGCGUGGUACUCUUCCCAAGAGGCUCAAUGCGCAAAUGGCCAUCUUUUUGUUCGCUGCGGAUUAACUUCUGUGGCUAUACAAGAGCCAGGAAUGUCCAAGUACUGCUCCUGGUGUCACACUGAAUAUUUCGACGAGGAGGUCCUGGCUUGCAGCCGCGCCGAUGAUCUAGGACGAUUGCACAGACUCAUGUUCACCGCAUUUGAUACGUGCCUGUACUGCGGCGGCAAGUUUCAGGCGAGCAUCUAA